AUGCGGGAUCGGUGUGCGCAGAUGGACGAGAGUCCCGGCAGUCGCCUGCAGCGAGAGAGCGCCGCCGCGUGGACUUCCUCCACCGACGGCCCCAGCUUCCUGCGCCAGAUUGUGCCCGCUGACUCGUCCAGCGACGCUGCUGACUCAGCCAACGGUGCUGCUGACACCUCGUCAGCGACUUCCGCAUCCGUAUCUCCAUCGCCUGAAACCAAGCAGUCCUCUGCUACUGCUGACUCCAGUGACACGGCCACAUCGCCUGGCAAGGGCACUAAAAGUGAGAACAAGCAGUCAGACCCAAAGCCGUUACAGCAGCAGCCGCCGCAGCAGCCGGAGGAGCAGCCGCAGCAGCAGCAGGCGGCGUCAUUCGGGCAGGUGCUACCCACUCAGGGUGACCUGGCGUCGCUACCCGACUGCACGCGGCAGCUCGCGGCGUUCCCCAAGCUGAACCGCUCCGACGAGGCUGUGAGGCGCUUUGCCUGCAUCGCCGACACCUACCUUCACCCCUGGAUGGGCUCGAGUUUGGUGAAGAAGGGCGGUGUAGGAGGGGCGGCGGAGGAGGAGGGGCCACGUGGCAUCAUCUCACAGGCCAUGCUGCAAUACGUGGCGUCUGAACCCGGGUUCAUGUCAUGUUCGGGUCACAUCCGCAUCAUUGACGGGCAGGUGUACUUCCGCUACGGGGGCUUCCACUACCAGUGGGACCGUCUGCACCGCUUUGUGCAGUCCGUGAAGCUCAUCCAGGCCGCUAUCCGCCACUACUCCCUGCUCGCCCUGCGUGCCGAGUUCUUCCUCUCCACCUGCGACCUCCCCAAGAGCUUUGAUAGCUCGCUGAGUGGGAUCUUUGGCGGGCGGCCCAUCUUCAGCACGGAGUGGCUGCCGGGCACGCUGGAUAUCAUCGUGCCUGACCCGCUGGAUUUAUCGGAGAGCUACCAGGCUGGCAAGGACGCCAAGACCCCCUGGGAGCAGAAGGCGAGCAGGGCGGUGUUCAGGGGCGGCUUCACCAACUUCAAGCUGGGCCCCGACCACCGCUGGCGAGUCAGCCCGCGCUAUCGCCUCCACCGAAUGACGGAUGCGCGCCCAGACCUGCUGGAUGCUCGAGUCAUGCGCCUGCUCGUGGAUGACAAGACCAGAAACAUGGCGAUGGGAGACGGGUUGAGUGAGGCGGCCAAGAUGGAGAAGGCGGAGUCGCAGCGCUUCAAGUACGAGGUCGUUGUGGACGGCGGCGCUGGCUCCUGCCGCACCUGCGGUGUGCUGGGGAGUGACCAGGCCAUGAUUCGGCAGGACACGCCCUUUGCACAGUUCUACCAGCCGCUGCUGCAGCCGUGGCGGCACUUCAUCCCCACGGACCACUUUUUUGGGGACCUCUUUGACCGCGUCGAGUGGGCGAGACAGCACGACACCCAAGUGCGACACAUGAUUGCCAACGCGCACCGCGUUGCCAAGUGGGGGUGCUCCCUGGAGGGCCGAAAGCUCUACUGGGCGGUCCUCCUCGUCAAGUACGCCGCCCAGGCCCUCGAAGACCCCUCCGCAGUCACCCGCCCGGACGUCGUCUCCACAUGCCCUGCGCCGCCCGCUAAGGACCGCAUGCGGCCGGCGCAGGAGGAGAGUGAGAUUGUGAGGCCGGAGGCGGGGUGGCCGCCGGUGUGUGCGGAUAAGGACGUGGCACGGGUGAAGCAGCCGCCCUGCACUUUCUUCUGUGUGAAAGGACCCAUGCCACGCAACAGGCAGGUCUGGCUCAAUGCGGACCUCUUUGACUCGGUUGACUUUGUGGGCCCGCAUGUCGCUGACAUGGACGAGUAG